UCUCCGUGUCCCAGCCAUUUGUAUACAAAUGACUGGGACGGAGGGAGUAAUGACUGAUUAGAUCCGUUGAGUAAUUACAGUAGAUGCAACCAGAGAUAUAUAGAGAUAAAGAUUGUGCUUAUACAUUUUGGAAUUUUGUAGUAUAUACUUUAAUACUCUAGUUAAUUGUAUUCAAACCUCACUUGUUCAAGUUUCAACUUUCAACUAAGCAGCAGCUUUCACUUUGCAAGAACAAGCACUGGUUUUUCACUUUUCUGCACUGCAAGAAGCCUUGGUUGAGGUUCUUAAGAAAUGGCAAACAUAGAUAUUAUGGGAAUAUUGAAGGAUCUUCCCAAUGAUGGGGGUGUCCCAAAGACUAAAAUUGUGUGCACUCUUGGUCCGGCUUCUCGGUCUGUACCUAUGGUUGAGAAGCUUUUAAGGGCUGGAAUGAAUGUUGCGAGAUUUAAUUUCUCACAUGGGACACAUGAGUACCACCAGGAGACCUUGAAUAAUCUCAGGAUUGGCAUGCAAAACACUGAGAUCAUGUGCGCUGUGAUGCUCGAUACCAAGGGACCUGAGAUUCGUACUGGGUUUCUGCGUGACGAAAAACCUAUUCAACUGAAGGAAGGACAAGAAAUCACAAUAAGCACUGAUUACAGCAUCAAGGGUGAUGAGAAAACCAUCUCUAUGAGCUACAAAAAGUUGCCAUUGGACCUCAAGCCUGGAAAUACUAUCUUAUGUGCAGAUGGCACCAUCACCUUUUCUGUGUUGUCAUGUGAUCCAGCUGCUGGAACAGUGAGAUGCCGUUGUGAAAAUACUGCUAUGCUAGGUGAGAGGAAGAAUGUGAAUCUUCCUGGUGUUGUGGUUGAUCUACCCACACUAACAGAGAAAGACAAGGAAGAUAUUAUGAAUUGGGGUGUUCCCAACAAUAUCGAUAUGAUUGCCCUCUCUUUUGUUCGCAAGGGUUCGGAUCUUGUUAACGUGCGCAAGUUACUUGGGCCACAUGCCAAGAAUAUACAGUUGAUGUCGAAGGUUGAGAAUCAAGAGGGGGUUGUCAACUUUGAUGAGAUCUUGCGUGAGACAGACUCAUUUAUGGUUGCACGUGGUGACCUUGGGAUGGAAAUUCCAGUGGAAAAGAUUUUCUUGGCACAGAAAAUGAUGAUAUACAAGUGCAAUCUCGCUGGCAAGCCUGUGGUAACUGCCACUCAAAUGCUUGAAUCAAUGAUCAAGUCUCCACGUCCAACCCGUGCUGAGGCUACUGAUGUCGCCAAUGCAGUCCUAGAUGGCACUGAUUGUGUGAUGCUUAGUGGGGAGAGUGCAGCCGGGGCCUAUCCAGAGACUGCUGUAAAAAUCAUGGCUCGAAUUUGUAUUGAAGCAGAGUCAUCGCUAGACUACAGGACUAUAUUCAAGGAGAUGAUAAGAGCAACUCCACUGCCAAUGAGCCCACUGGAGAGUCUUGCAUCUUCAGCUGUUCGUACAGCUAAUAAAUCACAUGCAAAACUCAUUGUUGUGCUGACUCGUGGUGGGACUACGGCCAAACUAGUUGCCAAGUACAGGCCAGCAGUUCCAAUCCUAUCAGUUGUUGUUCCAGAGUUGACAACAGAUUCAUUUGAAUGGGUCUGCAGUGCAGAGACUCCAGCAAGGCAAAGCCUGAUAUACAGGGGAUUAAUCCCCCUUCUUGCAGAAGGAUCUUCGAAAGCUACUGAUACAGAAUCAACUGAUGUGAUACUGCAAGCUGCUCUAAAGUCCGCUACAAAGAAAGGACUGUGCAAGGUUGGUGAUGCUAUUGUGGCACUUCAUCGUAUUGGAUCUGCUUCUGUCAUCAAGAUAUGCAUAGUGAAGUAAUUGUGGUAUGCCUAAAAUGGAAACUAAAAUUCCAAAAACUGCGGCUUUUGUGUUUGUUUCUUGAUCGCUCUUUGCUAUUAUGGAUCAUUAUUGAUUUGAGAACUAUAGGUUUUGUCUUCAGUUAUGGGUUUAUACCCUAGAGGUGCUUAUUCAGUUUUACUUCAUUUGUAAUAUUUCAGUGAAUUUUGUUGAACUCAGUGGUUUUAACUGUAUGACAUGCCACCAUAAUAAUACAGUCUUACGAGUAGAAAAUGCUCCGUGACAGUUUUGCACA